AUGCUUUGUAACGGUGAUGGUUCUGAUGGGUCAAAGAAGACAUGGUGGUUGAAUAGGCUUAUGGGUCAACGGAAGAAGAUAACACAUAAUUGGCCAUAUACCCUUUUGAAGAAGGGAAGCUCUUUAUUCUUACCCUUCAAGCUGGAAUGGAAGGUUACCACAUCAGCGUUAAUGGAAAACAUAUCACAUCUUUCCCUUACAGAACAGGGAAGAUUGAUCUGCAUUCUAGAUGAUGCUAAUGGACUAGCGCCGCAAAAGCAUCUCGAGAUGCAGAGCAUGUGGAAAGCUCCUGCGUUACCUGGGAAGCCUGUGGAGCUGUUCAUCGGUGUUCUCUCUGCUGGUAACCAUUUUUACAGAGAGAAUGGCUGUGAGGAAGUCAUGGAUGCAGCAGAAGCUUGUCAUAUCAUCUAAAGUUGUUUCCUGGUUCUUUGGGCACGCAAGAAAGGAAGUCAAUGUGGAUCUUAAGAAAGAAGCUGAGUACUUGGUGGUAUUGUCAUAGUACCGUACAUGGAUCACUAUGACGGGAAAUUGGCUGUGACGUUGUUCAAGAUGGAAGAUGUGAACUAGGGAAUGUGGGUGGAGAAGUUCAACGACUAAACCAGUGGAGGUGGUUCACAGCCUCAGGUUCUGCCAGUUUGGAUGCAUAGAAGACUAUUUCACCGUUCUUUACCAGUCACCACGGCAGAUAAUUUGCACGUGGGAUAAGCUACUGGACUUGAGACGCCUCAUUGCUGCAAUAUGAGAUGAUAUAAUAUUGUUGUUGGCCGCGAUUCUGGAAUUUUUCUUUAGAAAGAAGAUGGGAGUUUAUGAAGUUAACUAUUUUAGAUUUCUGUAUAUAUGGAUCUUUCUAUAAUGUAUGUAUAUAUGUAAUCAUAUAUAUAAUGAAAGGCUCUUGAAAAGUUGACAGAAAAGUCAAGUAGUUCUUUUUGCAGUUCUUGUAAAACAG